AUGGCGCUCCUCGUUCUCAUGGUCAUGGGUAACCCUAGCCCCGUCACUUUGCCCCCGUCUUCUGUAGUCCUGCAUCCUGCCAUGCCUGCAAUGCCCCUAACCCUAGCCACGCCCUCGUUUUGCAGGGACGAGAUCCAGGGAAUCAUUCAAGAGCGCUCUCACAUGCAUCUAGCUACUACUUUUGUUAGUUUGUGCAUGGAGAGAAUUUUAAUGAUCAUAAAUGUAGGUUGCCUUCUGAAUAGCAGCUAUUAUCCUGUUACCAUGGCACCACCGUCUCAGUACUAUCCAGAAAAUACCAAUGAAUAUCUUCAUCCUGAGCACAGGGGCUGGUGGGUUGGCAUCAACCUUACUUCUGCUGAUACCUGUAUCCUCUAUGAUAGUGAUCUGGAACUUGUAUUCAGGUACAACAGUAUCAGUAACAGCUCUGGCUCCAUUUUUAGGCUUCAAUUAGAACAAUACAUGAAAUCAGGGCAGGUUGUGGCUAUGAAAUCAGGUAUCAUCCAUACACUAGACACUGCAAUAAUACCCAGGCUUGAUGCUUAG